AAACGUAAAAGAAGAAGAUGGUCGUCCUGAGAAGAAAUAACAGGACAAAUUCAAGCAGAAACAGCUGAAUUCUGUGUGCCGUAAUAUAGUAAAGAUGGAGUUUAUUAAAGAGGAGAUUGAAGACAUGAGUGAUCCAGAACCAUCCAGAAUAAAACAUGAAGAAACUGAGGAACAAAUAGACUUGAUGGAAGUGAAGCAGCAAAGACAAGACCUGAAUGAAGUGGAGGAGGAAAGUCGUAUCUUCACAACUCAAGGAACUAAAGCUAAUAAGCCGCACACCUGCUCUCAGUGUGGAAAGAGUUUCACACAAAAAGGAAACCUUAACAAACACUUAAGAAUUCACUCUGGAGAAAAACCGUUUACAUGCACUCAGUGUGGAAAGAGUUUUAAUUGUACAUCAGUUCUUAGUAAUCAUCUGCUUCUUCACUCUGGAGAAAAAGCAUUUAAAUGUGAUCAGUGUGGUAAAAAGUUUAUUUCAUCAUCACAGCUGAAAAACCACCUGAAAGUUCAUUCAGAUGAGAGGCCUUAUGUGUGUUCUCUCUGUGGAAAGAGUUUUUCAAGGCUGAUCAGUUUUAAACUGCACAAAAAUAUACAUAAUGAAGUGAGAGAUCAUGUGUGUUCGGAGUGUGGGAAGAGCUUUACUACAAUUGCCCAACUGAAACGACACAAAAUAAUUCAUACUGGAGAAAGACCUUACAAGUGCUCAUAUUGUGACAAGAGUUACACUGUGUCUGGAAAUCUGAAAGUGCACGAGCGGCUUCAUUCUGGAGAGAAGCCAUACUAUUGUGCUCACUGUGGAAUUGGUUUUGCACGUAAAGACAGUCUUAAGAAGCACACAAGAAUUCACACUGGAGAAAAGCCAUUCGCUUGCCAUCACUGUGGAAAGAGUUUCAUACAAAAACCACAUCUUAUUAAGCACAUAAGUAUUCACACUAGACAAAAGCUUUACACUUGCUCUCAGUGCGGAUUGAGCUUCACAUUUGAAUACAAACUUAAGAUACACCUACGUGUUUGUACUGGAGUGAAAUCAUACACCUGUACUCUGUGUGGAAAGACUUUUGCACAUAAAUCAAGUCUCGGUUGUCAUCUACGUGUUCACUCUGGAGAAAGACCUUAUAAGUGUCCACGUUGUGAUAAGAGUUUCACUCGGUCAGGUACCAUGAGAAAACAUGAGCGACUUCAUUGCAAAACCACCAUAGACUGCUGAGAGAUUGUACCAGUACUUAUAUGGGAAGAGUUUCACCCAGUCAGGAGGUUUCUUUACUCAUAGAAAAUGAACUAUAAGCUCUGGAAAAACUUAAUAUGACCACAGCAAAAUUAACAGUUUCUCUGGAUUUAUUAUUUAUCUGUAUUUGUUUGAGAAAAAUUAACAUUUCUGAUUUAUUUUACAAACUACUGACAACCCUUCUUCCAAACUUCAAAUAAAAAUAUUGCUAUUUGCAAGAAAAUGACA